AUGGCAGCUAAGAGGGUAGUGGUGUAUCGGAAUGGGGACCCUUUCUUCCCAGGGCACCAGCUGGUGGUAACCCAACGCCACUUCCCCACUAUGGAGGCCUUCCUUUCUGAAGUGACGUCAGCGGUGCAAGCCCCACUUGCUGUUCGUGCUCUCUACACACCUACUGACGGCCACCCUGUCACUGACCUGGCUGACUUACAGAACGGAGGACACUAUGUGGCUGCUGGUUUUGAACGAUUCCACAAGCUCCACUAUUUACCCCGUACAGAGAAACACCCAGGUGGGAAGAGCAGCAGACAGCACGAUCCUCUCAUAACUCGUCGUCCAUGUGACAGGGCCCUUGGACAGUGGCUGCCUGCAGACACCCCUUGCUACAUUCAUGUGUUCAGAAAUGGGGACCUGCUUAGUCCCCCAUUUAGUAUGAAGCUGUCCCAAGCUGCCAUCCAGGACUGGGGAGCCGUGUUGAAGCUGGUGAACAAGAAGGCUAAGUUGCAGAGUGGGGCUGUGCACAAACUCUACACCCUGGAGGGGCUCCCACUGUCAGCAGGGGUGGCUCUGGUGAAUGGCCAUUAUUAUGUGGCUGUUGGAGAAGAUGAGUUCAAGGCCCUCCCCUAUCUGGAGCUGCUGGUACCCAACCCCUCCCUGUCCGGGGGCUGUUGGUAUCCCCCAGGCCUUAAGUAUAGGCCCCACAGGCAUGGGGCCCAAGGCCAAAGGAUCCAGGCAGCCCAGCCUUCUCCAAAGGAGCCAGAACAAAUUAGGUCAUCUGCUUUCUAUGCCAGACCCCAGCAGUCCAUUCAGCCAAGAAGCGAGCUCACAACUCUCUUGUUUCAAUCAGGAGUUAAGGGAGUGUAUGGGGCUCCCUACCCAAGGAAGGAGACCCAAGGGGCCCAGGAAGUAGCAGAUGACGAAUACACCUGCAUAGAGGAGCCCUUGGAUCAGAGGGCAGCACAGACGGUGGAAGAGGCUCCCUACCUGCAGCACCCAUCCUCAGCCCCAGCACCGCCAUCUUAGAACCAGGAGCUCCAGAACUGGGAACCACUACUCCCCACCUUUGGUCCUCAGCACCUCCCCAUCCUUUGGCUCCUAAACCCUCAGCCACAGCCCAAUCUUCCCUGCUGUAGCAGAGCAGCAGUACUGUGGAGACAGAUCUUUCCUCUUGGGACUCACUGUCACAGCAAGGAGUAAUAGACUGAGCUUCGAGAGAGGACAUGAACAUAUAAUAAAGGAAUUUCUGCUAA